AACCUAACAAACCCUAAUUCGUUGUUCUUGCCGGCGAGAGGAGAAAAUGUCGACCGUACCAGGGCCACUCGUAUGGGAGAUCGUGAAGAAGAACAACUCCUUCUUAGUCAAAGAGUUCGGAAACGGCAAUCAGAGCGUUCAAUUCAGUAGAGAAAGCAACAAUCUCUACAAUCUCAACUCUUACAAGUUCUCUGGAUUGGCAAACAAGAAAACUGUUGCUAUUCAAGCUGCUGGUAAGGAUCAAUCUGUGUUGUUAGCUACAACGAAGCCGAGGAAACAGAAUAAGCCUUCUGUUUUGUCUCAGAGAUCAGUGAUGAAGAAGGAGUUUAGCAGAAUGGCAAAGGCUGUUCAAAAUCAGGUGGGAGACAAUUACUAUAGGCCUGAUUUAAAGAAAGCAGCUCUUGCAAGGUUGAGUGCAGUUCACAGAAGCCUCAAAGUUGCCAAGUCUGGCGUCAAGAAGAGGAAUAGACACGCAUAAGUGAAAGCAAAUCUAGAACAUUUUUGUUGCAUUUGAAGACCCCUUGUUUUUUACUCUUCAUUUUUGUAUUUGUUCUCUAUGUAUGACUCCAUCUUAGAUUUCCUGAGUUUUGAAAUCCAAUUCAUUAUUUACUAUAGUACAUGAAACCUUGGUUGAUCUA